AUGGGGUACAGAUGGCAGGCCUGGUUUCGAAAUACACGUCGAGUAAUAUCGUAUAAGUUUUAUUCUCUUCAUUCAACUCCUAUUGAAAGAGCACAAUAUCGAUGGCCAAAAAUUGAUAUAUUUCCAUAUCAACAGAGUCAAACACAUGUGUUCGCUUUUCCUCGACCUCAUCGUAAUACAGGAACAAUAAAAUAUUUAUCAGUUACAUAUCUUGAACCAUUUCCUCGUCGAAUAUUAGGACCACUUCUAAUACCAAAUCCACGACCUGUUUCUCCAUCAAUUUGA